UGUUUCUACUGUUUUUAGCAUUUGGGCAUAAUUUAAAAUGAAGUUACCUAAAUAAUUUUACCUACCAGCAGCUAAUAUGUUAAAAUUGAGUGCGAACGCCACAUGAAUAAUUAAGUCAAUAUAUCGGCGCUCCCAAAUGUAGCAUUAGUAGCACAUUUAGUCAUAAAUUGACUAUUUUAACGAAAGCUGAUGUUAGCAUACCUCAUGGAAAGGAGGAGCUAGCUACCAUGAGCUUAGCUCAGCGGUAAUGCAAAGUCUUUACUAACACUUAUAUUAGCAAAUACCGAGUGAAAUGCAAAUGAAUGUGACAAUCUCUUUGUAGUUGUAUUUAUGCCUGUCGUAAUGUCUGCCUUGCGUCGAUGCGCUUUGUUACACCGUGUUUCCGAGUUAAAAACAGGUUUGAUACCGUUCAGGAGAUUUGGAUAUAAUGUUAAUGCGCCUCCUUCACAGUGGAAGACACCUGACAGCCUCCUGCGAGUUGGAAACACAGCCAUAAAACAGACAACUUACUUAAACACAAUGGCUAACAAGUCACGGAAGCUCAGUUUAUCUUGUUCAAGGUGCCUCUCAACUGCAACUGAGAAUAAAACAGCUCGAGUGAAGAGGGUCUCUAUCGAGGGCAACAUUGCUGUUGGAAAGUCGACCUUUGCAAGACUCUUGCAGUCAGCGUGUCCAUACUGGGAGGUGGUGGCAGAACCAGUCAGCAAAUGGCAGAACAUUCAGGGCGGGACCUCAAAGAAGACAGACGCGUCACCUCAGAAGACAGUCAGCAACCUGCUGCAGAUGAUGUACCAGGACCCUCAGCGCUGGUCAUACACAUUUCAGACAUAUUCCUGUAUGAGCCGACUGAGAACGCAGCUGCAGCCUCCUCCAGCUCGCCUACUCAGCUCACAGGGAACACCUGUCCAGGUGUAUGAGCGCUCAAUCUACAGCGACAGAUACAUCUUUGCCCUGAACAUGUUUGAGCUGGGCUGUAUCAACUCUACAGAGUGGGCAGUCUACCAGGACUGGCACUCGCUCCUGGUGGAGCAGUUUGGACACCAGGUGGAGCUGGAGGGCAUCAUCUACCUCAGAGCCCCUCCAGAGAAAUGUAUGGAGCGUUUAGAGCAUCGCGGAAGGGCAGAAGAGAAAGGAGUGAAACUGGACUAUCUGGAAAAGCUGCACAUUCAGCAUGAGAAGUGGCUUGUUGAAAAGACCACUGAAAUACAUUUUGAGAAGUUGAAAAAGACACCUGUGUUACAACUUGAUGCCAGUGUGGAGUUCCAGCGUGAUCCAGAGGUGCAGGAAGAAUUUAUAACUCAGAUGAAGAACUUCUUCAAUGCUUUAUGAGGAGAUCAUCGUCAGCUACCAUCAGCAGUGGGAAACAAAUGAGUCCAGUCAGACCUCAGUCAGUGAACUGCAUGAACUGACCUACAACCACAUGAGCCUCUCAUAAAGUGAAGACAUAUAAUAUGAAAUGUUCUCUUUUUGAUAACUUACAAGACCAUAAAACAUCAGUAUACAAAUUUUAUCUAUCAAGAGAAUUUUAGAGUUACAUUGUUAUUCAGCGUUUGAUGUUUGCAUGUUUUUUUUUUUUUGUUUUUGAGAUUCACUGGGUAGUUUAAGUUACCUAUUGUACUGUAAUAUUUAUUCCACUUCCAUCAAAACUAAAUGUUUGAUAUCACUACUGUGACCAUUUGAAAACACGCUUUACUGAGCAUCAUACAGUUUUGUGUAUGUUACCAUUUUACGCAUUCCUGAUUGACAAGAACGCAAUAGCGUUGUGUUUGUUGUUUGCUAAUAAAUAAAGACCUAUUUCUUUUGUGA